AUGAUUCUUUCAGAAUUCGAUAUCAUUUUCACUACGCAGAAGGCAAUCAAGGGUCAAGUUACAGCACAUCAUUUGGCCGAGAAUCUAAGAGAAGAUGAUUACCAGCCAUUGCAUACCUAUUUUCCUGACGAGGAGAUCUUAUUUAUUGGCGCAUCAGAAGAUAUGAAUGAGCAAUAUCCUGGGUGGAGGUUAUUCUUUUAUAACGCUUCAAAUUCUUUUGGAGCCGGAAUCAGAGCUGUUUUAGUGUCACCUGAGGGAAACCAUUACCCUGCCGCUACUAAAUUACGAUUUCCUUGUACUAACAACAUGGAUGAGUAUGAAACUUGUAUUUUUGGACUAAAAAUGGCAUUGGAGAUGGAGAUAAAGGACUUGAUUGUGUUCAAUGAAUCCAAUUUAAGUUUGGACUUCAGGGAUAUCCCUCGCACUCGCAAUGUUUUCGCCGAUGCUCUGGCCACUUUGUCUUCUAUGAUUCGAUACCCGGACGAGCUGCGCCAUCAAGAAUUCAUAAAGACGGGAUCUCAUCCCCCAGGCACCGAUUCAUCUGUUAAAAGCUCCUUGCGCAGAAUGUCAUUAAAAUUUUUCCUGAAUGGAGAGAUGUUAUGUAAUAGAACAUCAGAUUUGGGCCUUCUAAGGAAAUGUAUUAAGUAUCAAAUGCAUGCCGAUAUUAUACAUGUCCCUCCUACCGAGUUACAUAGUAUGACCGCUCCGUGGUCCUGCUCGAUAUGGGGAAUGGAUGUGAUUAGAACUAUUGAUCCCCCAGUUUCGAAUGGGCAUCGAUUCAUCCUGGUGGCAAUCGAAUAUUUCACCAAAUGGGUUGAAACAACAUCUUACAAGAGCGUGACCAAUAAAGUAGUAUCCGAUUUUCUAAGGGACCAUAUUAUCUGUUGUUUUGGGAUGCAAGAGACGCUGAUCACUGACAAUGCCAGAAACUUCAAUAAUGAUAUGGUAGAUGGAUUAUGCGAACAAUUCAAGAUCAAACACCAGAAUUCGGCUAUCUACAAGCCUCAGAUGAACAGAGCGAUAGAGGCCGCGAACAAAAUGUGA